AUGUCUCCGAUUGGCCAUAGACGCUGGUGUGCAGUGGCCAUAGACGCUGCUCCGCUCGCAAACUUUUAUGUGCUUUCUUUCUGUUUGACAUCAUCAUUCCAAGUGCUACAUCUUAUCUUGGGGAAUUUCUUUUUUCUUUUCAUUGCGUGCUUGAGAUCUGGUUUUGCAUUGAUGCCAAAUAGCCCAAAAUAUCAUAAGCUUGUACAUCUUUCACUUUCGCUGACGAGAAUCAAGGAAAGCAGAAGAGAUAAAAUUUUGAGUGGUAGGUUUAAACUGUUAUCAUUCCUUUUCAACUUUUUAUGGUGGGAAACCAAAUGUAACAAAAUUAACCUUAUGAGAAUUGUAGGAUGUAAAUGA